AUGGCACACGAAAACGUUUGGUUCUCCCACCCAAGAAACUUCGGUAAAGGUUCUAGACAAUGUAGAAUCUGUUCCUCCCACUCCGGUUUAGUCAGAAAGUACGGUAUCAACAUGUGCAGACAAUGUUUCAGAGAAAAGGCUAAGGACAUUGGUUUCACCAAGUUAAGAUAA